AUGAAUGCACCAGCAACAUUCGAAUCAUUUCUAUUAUUAGAUGGUGAAAAGAAGAUUUUAAUUGAAAAAGACACAAAAGUUGCAAAUGCAGUUGUAUUUACAAUAAGUAAAGAAGAUCAUACUCUUGCAAAUAUGUUAAGAGCACAAUUAUUAAAGGAUCCAAAUGUGAUUUUUGCUGGUUAUAAAGUGCCCCAUCCAUUAGAACAUAGAGUAAUAUUACGUAUACAAACUUCAACAAAUUCCUAUACGCCGCAAGAAGCUCUCGAAAAUGCUAUCAAAGACUUAAUAUUUGAAAUUUCAUUGUUAGAAGAUAGAUUUAAAUUAGCCAUCAAAGAUCGGCAAAUGUUGACUGAGGAAGAUGAGCCAAUAAUUUUACAAUUUAACGCUUCAAUGUCAAAUUAUGUUUCAAAUCUUUUAACAAAGUUAUCUUCAAUGCGUGAUACAGCUGAUUUAUGUGAUUUUAAAAUAAUUGUUAAUGAUAAAACAUUGUUAUGCCAUAAAUUCGUUUUGAUAGCUAUUUCCGAUUAUUUUAAAGCAAUGUUAGGAGGUGAUAUGAGUGAAAGUCAUUCCGAUUAUGUUGUUUUGAAAGGUUUUGAAAAUUUGAUUGGGGUUGAAUCAAUGUUAAAUUUUGCUUAUAGUGGAACAUUGUCAGUUUCAUUUGAUAAUAUUAUGGAUGUAUUACAUGCUGCUACUCAUUUACAAAUAAAUGAUGCUAUCCAGUUAUGUUCAAAAUUUCUGCUAACAUCCUUAACAAUUAAUAAUUGUGUUGAUAUGUAUAAGAUAGCUGAUUUAUAUACAUUGACUGAUGUAUUAUUAAUUGUAAAAAAAUUUAUAUCAAAAAAUUUUAUUGAUAUGAUGUUAUUAGCUCGUGAACAAUUUGAACAAUUAAAUUUAGAACAAUUAUGUCAUGAAUUACAAAAAGAUACGUUAGAUAUUAUUAAUGAAUACGAUUUAUUUAAUAUGGUUUGUUUAUGGAUUAAUAGUAAUAGACAAGAGAGAUUAAAACAUGCAUCAACGUUAAUGGAACAUAUCAGAUUUAUGUUAAUGACGCCUGAAGAAGUUGUUGAUAAAGUAAUUAAUAAUGAUAUCAUAAAAUCAAACGAUGAUUGUAGUCGACUGAUAUUAAAUGCUCUAUGUUAUUUUUCUUUACCAAAACGUCAACCAUUAUUAAACACAAUUCAAUGUCGGAUUAGAAAUGAACCUGUUCUAGUGGCCGUUGGUGAAACAGAAUUAUUUACAUUAAAUACAAAAUGUGAAAGAUGGGAUUCCAUUUGUCAGGCACCUCUCGAAGAAAAUUAUCCAUAUCCAUUUGCAGCCAUAACUGUUAAUAAUUAUUUAUAUGUAUUGGGUACAAGACGUUCAACAAGUGAAGAAUAUAAAUCGUGUUAUCGUUUUUCUCCAAGAACAUUUGAAUGGACAAAAUUACAAACAUUAUUACAUGAUCGAUCGAGAUUUUCAGCCACCUAUAUUGAUAAAUACAUAUAUAUUAUGGGUGGAUUUGAAGGAUUUAAACGAACAACCAGAGUCUAUGUUAAUACAAUCGAGAGAUAUUCAGUUGAGAAUGAUCAAUGGGAAUCUUUUUCCAGUGAUGGACCACAAUUAUCAUCACUAGCUUCAUGUGCAUUUGAUAAUAUGAUUUAUCUUGGAGGAGGAAAAAAUGGACAAUGGUCAAAAAUAGCUGAUUUUUAUUGUUUUGAUAUAAAUCAAAAGAAAUUGGAACAUCGAGCAAGUAUGCUGAGUGCAAGAACAACACAUAACAUGACUGUUGUUGAUCAAAAAAUAUUAGCUAUUGGAGGAUUUGACGAUGAUGGCAAUGGCAUGUUAAGUAUUGAAAGUUAUGAUGUCAAAAAUGAUCAAUGGACAAUAUUAACAAAUAUUCCGGGUGCAGUAUCAAAAACGUGGCCACAAAGUUCAGGCGCUGUUGGACGACGUAUCUACAUCUCUGUAUUUCAUACAUCGAAUUCAUUUAUUGUUAUGCAAGAAGGUUAUUAUUAUAAUCUUGACGAACAAAAAUGGAUUAAAGCUCCUGUAGUCCAUGAACGGGCGAGGUAUUGUCCGACCGUACAACUAAGAUUUCCAAAAUCUGCUCUAAAUAGUACUAACGCAAUUAUCACAAAUAAUUCAACAACUGUUUAUGCUUCUCCUCUCGUUGAUAAUGCUACAGUAGUGGCAACGGUAGCAGAUAUGAAUUAUUAA